AUGGCCAUCAAGACACCGGCGCCUUUGGCCAGCCGGGCAAUCUAUGGCUAUGUUUUGUAUGUGUCGUGCCACUUGGGACUUGCUCUUUAUGUGCUUUGGGCAUACAUCCCAAGCUCUUGGCUGAAGGCAAUGGGCAUCACCUACUUUCCUGACAAGGUGUGGGCCAUUGCCGUGCCUCUGGCUGGUGUCGUGGCCAUACUGGUGUUUGGCUUCGUGCUCUAUCCCGCCAUCAUCGCCUUUGCUACAGCCCCAAUGGACUCUCCAUCCACCAUUUGUGAUAAGUACUCCGUUUAUGAGUACAGAAAGCCACCCAUUGAUGGUGCCAUACCACCAAUCAAGGACGUCCACAUUUCACAGGUGUGCAGUGAACUGUACGGAAGUGACUGCCAGAAUUAA